AUGUGUGUUCGGUUAUCAUAUCACCAUAGGUAACAUGUAUUUUAUAUUCCUCACGGCCGUCUUCGUCAUUUCCCUCCCUUGACGAUCAUCAGUCUCAAUUUUAGGGCACAAGGAAACAAAAUGCAUACAGAAUUCUGCUCUCGGGAAGACUAUAUAAGUGAUCUCCCUGAAAGUAUUAUUGAAACCAUACUCGCAAAACUGCCGAUAACAGAAGCUGUAAGAACAAGUGUGUUAUCUAGUAAAUGGAGGUACAAAUGGACUACCCUUACAGAGCUUAAAUUUGAUGAUAAUUGUGUAUCGAACACUCGUUAUAGAGCACUUGCAGAGACCAGUGUUGUUAGAUUUGUGAAUCACUUUCUUUUGCUUCAUAAUGGUCCCAUUAAUAAAUUCACUCUAUCUAGUGUGUGUUUGCGAGGAUCCGCUUAUGUAGAUCAAUGGCUACUUCUUUUAUCAAGAAAAGAUGUUCAAGAGUUGAGUUUUAGGUUGGGUCAAGGUGAGUGGUUUAAGGCGCAUUCUUCGCUUUUCUCUUGUAAAAAACUGAUUGGUUUGGAGCUUGUUAGAUGUGUGUUGGACCCGCCGUUAUGUUUUAACGGUUUUCCGUAUUUGAAAAAUCUUUAUCUUCAACAAGUUCGUAUUGACCCUGAUGCUGUGGAAACUCUCAUCUCAAGUUGCACGCUUCUUGAACGUUUGACUUUGUCAUACUUUGAAGGUGCAAAACUCACCAUUCGUGCCCCGAAUCUGAAGUAUUUAAUGCUAGAAGGUGAAUUUAAAGAUAUAUGUCUUGAGAAUACUCCUAUGCUAGUUGUUAUAUUUGUCGCUAUGUAUAUGACCGAGGAUAUUGCUGAACAUUUCAAACAAAGUUCAAGUUGCAAUUUUGAUAAGGUGCUUGGUGGUGUACCAUCCAUUCAGAGGCUUACCGGUCGCAGUUAUUUUACAAAGUAUAUGAGUUUAGGUAUCAUUCUAGGGGAAAUACAACCGAUAUAUCAACAGCUAAAGGUCAUUGAAUUAUCUCAAGUAGGCUUUGAGGAUGAGAAAGAAAUAAUGGUGAUUCUUCGGUUGAUUUUAAGCGCCCCUAAUCUUCAAGUACUUCAAAUCAGGAGUUCAUCAUUGGCGACGAAUGCAGUUGAUUUGGAUAUCUGGGAUAAGGAAUGCUUGCGUGAUGUCACAUUUAAACAACUUAAAGUAGUAAAGUUGACACAAAUGUCGGGGCUACCACACGAGAUGAGAUUCAUAGAGUUUUUGCUUGGAAGUUCACCGGUUCUUGAAGUUAUGGACAUCACUCAGAAUGUGUAUGUGACAAUUGAAAAUGAAGACUGGUUUGUGGAGACACUAGGGUUUGAACGGGCAUCCACUGAAGUUGAAUUUAGAUUUGCUGAAGACCAAGCGUAAAAAUAUGGCAUUUAUCGGGUCUUGUUAACCUUUAAUUUUGCUGUGUAAAAAGAAAAUGGUAAACUGUAGAAUUGCUCUGUUUCUUCAAAUAAUUUGAUAAUGCCCCACUUUGUUUCUAGA